CAAUUCUGUUCCUCCUGUCUAUGUAGCCAAGCCAUAGCGCUUCUCUUUGUGUUUAGGCAUUAGUGUGGAUAAGCUCAUUUAUCUAAUGGUGAAAUCGCAUUUAUUUCAAUUGGUUAACUUAAUUUACCUAACCACACCUGUGCUAAAAAGAAUAAUUAUUUGAUCUCCAUUUUUUGUUCAUUUUAGAAAAGUCUUAUGGGGUUUUCCUAAUUUUAAUGUUCCUAUUUGAUUUAUCUGCUUAGAAAUGGUUGUUUUGCUGAAUUAGAAUUUGGUUGGAGAAUCUUCCUAUAAGAAUUUUACGUGGAUACAUUUUUAGAGCAAAAUAAAAACGUUACGAAUGUAUGUGCAAGCACAUUAACAUCAUUAUUUAAGUAUACUUACACUAGCAGCCCGUCCCGGCUUCGCUUGGGUAAAAAUAAAAUAAAUUAUACACCUAAACCUUUCUCAGGAAUCACACUAUCUAUUGGUAAAAACCGCAUGAAAAUCCGAGCAGUAGUUUUUGAGUUUAUCGCGAACAGACAUACAGACGUGGCAGAAGACUGUUUUAUAUUAUGUAAGGAUAUUGUAAGCGUAUGCUUCAUAUAUCAAUAAUACUGUCUCCAUAUAAAAAAUAUGAUUAUGGUAUUACUUACCUACCUUCUGGUAUGAUAGUGACACUGUUUAAAUAAGUUUCUUUCAGCAUAUCUUCUAAGCGGUGGUCGUUCCGAAAUGCUAGUACUAAAACAAAAAACAAAAUUUUAUAUGGAGCUUGCAAGACAGUAACGCAUAGAGUUUAAAAGUACAGAGUGUUCCUAUUUAAUUUAUUCAGUUGAGCAGAGAUUUUUUGUCAUAAACCCUAGGUAAGACGCCUGGAACAACAUUCACCAACAACUGUGAAAAUUUUAUGCACCAAAGUUUUUUCAGUUAAUAUAUGUGGUCUAGUAAAGCAUUUUUGAUAUAGGUACUUUGAGACCGAAAAAAUAUAGUAAAUGUCGUAAUUCAUAAAAGUAAUCAAAACGUCUAUUUCUGAAUAAAUUAUUUAACUUCGUACUGCGUUUUCGUACAUAAGCAUACCUACGGCGCAUGUGUGUGUGUCUACUAGCCUCUGCGUCGCGUCGCUUUACAUGUGUGACGGUCAGUAGACAAGCUUAGGGCCGCGCAACGGCUGCCAUAUUUGUUUCGAGCUCCUGCUCAGUUGGCUAAAGUACGGGUAAAUAGAUUCCGAGGUGUAAAAUGGUUACAUAUUGUACAGUUUGCAUGAACAAUACUAGAAGGAAUAAAGAUAUUUCAUAUUUCAAUUAUCCCAAGGAUUCCAAUAGAAUGAAGUGGUUAAAUGCUGUCGGGCGGGAAGAUCUUGUGCUUAAAAUUAUUGACGAUAACACAAGGCAAAGAUACAGAAUAUGCGAGGAUCACUUCGAAAGAUCUAAUAUAUUUUUUGCCAAAAAUAAAACUAAGAAAUAUUUAUGUGACAAUGCUUUUCCAACGCUUAAUUUGCCUUCAAAUGAUGGUGCAAUUUCAAGCCAAUUGAAGUCUAUAUCUGCACAAGAAAAUCAGGAUAUUCAAGUUAUACAUAAAACUGAACCAUGUUCUAGCCCAGAUAUUUUUUUAAAUAACACUGCAAUUUCGCAAGAUCAAAUAUCUCGUAGCAUUAAGACGGAACCUGAUGAGCAAACUAAUGAGCAUAAAGCAGCACAAACGGCGAGUCACCUUUUAGCGGACUCUCCAAAUAAGCGGAAAUUGACACUCGAACUUCCAGAAGCAAAAAAACAUAAGACGUGUGCUUUAGAUAGUGUAACAAAAGAAGACUUUUUAAAAUUGUGUGGCGAGUAUACAAGAGCUACGCAUCGCAUUAAGCGCGAGGAUCUCGUUUCACGUUGCUGCGCGGGAAUUGCACAAUGGACAUUGUGUGGAGUCUUCAGAAAAACAGAGAAUGGCUUCGCACGUAGUUAUUCAUACUAACUAUAUUAUGAUACACGGCUAUUGUCUGCUGAAUGUAUAAAUACAGAUGU